AUGUCGACUGUAUCAUUCGACGAUGAACAAGAACGAAUCUACGCUAUCUCAGUCAUGGAACUCCCGUAUUCUUACAACUCCACAGAAGGCUGGUACAAGCCAAACGGGCAAAGUCAAACAAUCAUCAUGAGAAGAACGUCUCUCGGAACAACAUCUCUGUCCACAACAUCCCCCACCACAUCCCAACCAAAUUCGCGUACUGGUACUCUCGACUCCGACCGCAGUGCUGGACGAGAGAAUCGCGAUCCGAAUGCCACCAAAGCGAAUGUACCGAACAGCACCCAACAUGCGCGUGCCCACCAAGUUCCGGCAGCUGCGCGUGUUCAACUGCAGUCUCAGCCGAAUACCAAGGCGAACUAUGCCUCGGACACGUUCAAGUCAAGGGCGAACGAUGUAGAGAAACACUUCAUCGGUCAUCAUCGCGAUGCGACUGCCCAUCCGAUGCCUGCACCCUCUCCCCCCGCUUCGUCGGUGUACUCGUACGGGUCAGGUCCCAGUAGCACGGGUGGAAAUAGUAUGGAACGGGCUUUGCUCCCCAAGAGGAGAGCAGCAAAUGGGAACGGGAGUACAUCUCGCGGCGCGAGAGCGACUCGCGCUGGCGCGGGGCUUGCAAGGGUAGAAGCGUCGGGAAAGGCGAAGAUUACGGGACAGGCAGGCAAAGUUGGAAGAGUUAUGAAGCGUCCGCCGAAUACUGCGAUUUACGUCAACGAGCUGGGUCCCAACGGAUCCUGGUACAUUCCGAAGAAGCCAAAGGACAGAAAUUCACCGGUCUCGUCGACGACUAAUACAACAGCAGCGGUGGAGCCAGGGCUAAUGAAGACCCUUUUAAACGCCUUCAAGAAGAAGAACAAGGUCGCUAAUGCUCCUCUGCACGUCCCACGCAGCUCUUAA